CUAUAAUACAUCGGGUUAGACAUUUUACAGUUUAUGUUCUAUGCAAUAGCAUUAACGCUUCUUCCUCCUCGGCGGCCUGGAUGGGGUUCGAGACUAAGGAGUCGCCAGGGCCUAUUCGACGAUUCCCCACUGGCUUCUGGGCAUGCUUUAACGAGUGGUGGCACAGCGAGUUCGCACGUCAAGGACGUAGACCAAACUCUAAGGCUAUCAACAAAUGGCACGCCGAAAAUGCAUUAAAGAUCUGGGGAGAAAGCGCCGUGAGUUGCGCUGAGACACAGCGACAUGCGAACCGGAUGAAGCGCCGGCGAGGUGGCCAGCCUUCGCAGCGCAACGCGGACGACGAAUGCGCUCUGGAGGAUAUUGAUCAGGAGACAACACCCCUUGAAAUCCAAAACAGCACCGGCGGCUCUCUCGCAGUUGCACCCUGUGACUCCCGCAAUCCACCCACAACCCAACCGCAAGCUGCUGCUGCCGCCAGCAGCCUUGACCCGGACAACCCCAUCCUACCAUCAGCUCAAUCUCUGUCCCAACUCCCGCCCCUUCGUCUCACGGGAAGCGGUGUUUGCCUGCCAAGCGAUUUCCCAACCGCCUUCGGGCUCAUGGCUCCGGACACCGACCUCCCAUCGCCCGCCGCCUGCAGCGUGCCGUCAGGCCUGCAGCUGCAGCCGCAGCACCAGCAGGAACGUACGCAGCACCCCCACCUGCGGGGUGAGCUCGGCGUCAGGACACUAGCCGCCGUCGGCUCGGCUUCCGGCGCUCUCCCCAACCAGGCAUCCUGGGUGCACCCAGCAGCUUCCCCGGAGCAGCUGCAGCUGCAACUGCAGCGCGAGCGUGAGGCAGCAGCAGCACCCGGGCAGCGCCAACUGCAGCUGCAGCAAAGGCAGAAAGAGAGGCAGCAACAGGAAGAGAAAGGGGGGCAGCAGCAGCAGGUGGUGCUGCAGCGGAUCAAGCAAGAGGAGCAGUUGCGGGAUGCUUCCGAAGCGCGGGCAGUCGGCCCGGACGCCGCGGUUUCGUGGAUUGCAUGGGCUUCCUUCGACAGCCAGCAAAGCAGACGGCAGUCAGGCCGGGGGGCAGGCAACAACGAGGCAGCGGGAGGAGCUCCCUUCACAACUGCAGCCGCCACCACCGCCACCGCUGGUGCUGCUGACGUGGCGCCACCGGCGACCGGCAUGCAGGUCAAGCUCGAAAGCCUUGCUGGCUGUUCCGGCGGUGGUGCUAACGGUGUUGGAUACGGCGGUGGCUUCAAUGACUGGGCAUGCAGAGAGUCCGGCGGAGGAGGGGAGGCAGCCGCAGCAAAAGACAGCAUGCCUGCUUCCGCACAACCGCCCCCAUCCGACCGAGGCUCCCGGCACCAUCCAGAAGUGGGCAGUGCUGCAGCGAGCCCCUGCACUGGAGAGCACGGGCAUGGGAUGCUUAGGUCGCCCCUGCCCAGCGGAGAUGCGGCGUCAGGUUGGCAGCGGACCGAGGUUGCUGCUGCUGCUGCGGCGGCGGCGGCAACGGCUGUGCGUGCAACGAAGCUGCAGCGGCGAGCCAGCGCGUGUCAUUCAGGGCUGGCGUCGGUGGGAACAAGUGCUGCUACCGCCGCUGCUACCACGGUUGCGGUUGCUGCCGUUGCAGACGCUGGGGGUUCCACUGCUAGCCCACCAAACCCGUUCUUGCUACCGCCGCAUAACAUCUCCCCGGCGGCCAGGGAUGCGGCGGCCCUGCUGAAAGCCGCGUCGCAAGGUGAAGGACAGCGGCGGUUGAACCUGGAAGACCCACGGGUCGCUCCCGUCUGGCUCCGACGCGUCUCACAGGAGCUGGACUCCGUCCUGGCUGCCACAGGACUCCUGAUCGCCGCCACAGCUAGUGGCUCUGGUCCCUAUUGUGCAGCCACGUCCAUGCUUCAACGACCCAUGGGUCAGCAGCUGGCACUCACAUCCUUGCAGCAGCAGAUAUGGCUGCAGCGAACACACAAAAAACCGCGGUUCCUGGACGCUGCAGAAAAGCUAGCGCUGCCUGAGCCCCGAUCCAAGCGCGACUUGGGCGCGUUCCUACGGCAACGAGUGGACGGCCAAGCGACAGCAGUCGCUGGCAGCGACGGCGGCGGCGGCGGCAGCAUGACUGCGUCGUCAGGCCCACCGGUUGGGCUUCCGGCUGCACGCGCUUCCGGCAACGGUCACGGGAGCACCUGGCUGGCAGCUGGCAGCUCAGCGGCAAGCGGUGUCACAACAUGCUAUGCCGGCCAGUACCUCGGCCCCGCCGCUCCCCAGGCCGCAGGUGUCCAAGAUACCUUUCAAGAUGUGGCGGCUAUGCACUGGGAGGUGGACGGGAGGUAUGGUCUGGGGUUGAAGUCCCUAGGCGAUGGGGACUUGGGGCCCCGCGCAGGGUCUGCCCCCCGCUGCAACCUCACCUCCAGUGCUGGUCUAUGCAUGGUAGCCGGCAGCCGCAGUUACAACAUCACCAGCAGCAACAGCCACGCAGCCGGGCUAGCCAGCAACGGCAGCUACUGUGAGGGCCCUCGCAUGGCGUUUGAAACUGGCAUCGGUGGUAACGCCAACGGUUAUGCUGGCAUGAGGGGAGUCGGGACCGGGGGCGGUGGGUUGCUUGGCCUGACCAGCAUGAUUGACGACAUGCCAUUUGAAAGCCUCUUGCUGUGAGCGGGGCAACCCGGGGAAGCGGCGGGUUUGUCGGGUUUGGAUAAGAAGGCGCCCUUUGCGCCCUCAUGUGCUAAGAGAACUGGACGCGCGUCGAAACACAUUCUGAUUGCCGGAAGAUUAAGCCAUCAUGUCUGUGUGCACAUGCAUGCCGCACGCGUAGUCGUUGGUAGCUCUUGCCGCAUGCCGGGCUAGAUGCGUGUUGGGCUGUACGCUAGUGCACAUCUCGGGGGCGACUUGGAAGUGGGCAUGGUUGUUGAAUUUGUAGGGGGUUGGCUAUAGACAGUUGCGUUUGCAUGUGUGGGGACGCAGAGCAUGCAUGCAGCAUGCAAGGAAGAAGGCAUGAUUGGGAUCGGGGGGUACCAGUAAGGGAAACUGACGAAGUGGAUGACGAGGCUUCACCAUGGGUACGGGGGGGGAGGAUAAAUGGGUCGCAACGGCUGCAUAUCUGCACGUGAUUGGUCAUUCUAAGUGGGAGGGCCGCCCCCAGGCUGGCCAAAGCGGUGAGGGUGUUGCUACUUGGAGAGGUCGUUCAAGGAUUGGUGGGGUAAUUAUCAAUGCUUUAUUAAGGGGGACUGGUUAUUGCAAACGUAGCUCUUCGCAAGAAGAGAUGUGGGCAAUCAAACUGCAUACGUGACCUACUCAUUACGAUUAGCGUUGCAGGCUCUGCAUCGUGUGCUGGUGCUCGGCAUUACCAGGCAGGCGAUCACGCACGUGCAAAAUCGAGCUGUACAACGAACAUUAUUUGUACGGCAUAUCUGGUUAUGGUAGAUGGUCGUACGGCACUUGCGGAUGAGGAACUGGCUGAAGUGCACAACAUUACACACGGAUUAAGAGUCAAAGCUGUCGGUUGUGCGUCAGUGCUGAAGGUUUGUGGACAACGUUGCUGAAUCAUACCAUGCCCUGAGCUCGCUGAAACCGCUUGUUACGCGUAUCAGUGACCGAUGUCUGCAUGCUUGCAGGCUACAUGACUGGUCUUUGAUUGUAUUGCCCUAACAGUGAACAAAUCAUGGUGGCUCCAUGCUAGGUUGGGCGUUUCUGUUGGAUUGGGGGGCACUUGGAUUGGGGGACACUUACCCACGUGAUAGGUACGAGGGUUCCGCGAUGCUAUCCGGAGGUCCUGCACUGCACAUGCGUACCUGGGGCAUCCUGGUCAGGAGAAUGCGUGCAUGUGCAUUAGCUUGCCUGGUGGGGGCAACGGACGCUACCAUGCGUUCUACGACGCUGUCAUGGGAGAGGUUAGCUUGCGCUAGUACCGGCCUGCUUCCGAGGAACCAAACACUUAUUUGUGAACCCCGCCUUGGGCGGAUACCGUUGUCUACUUUGCUCUUUCAGGAGGUCCUCCUGGCCAAAGGUUAUGAAUGACAUGCUUGUCCAUAAGUGGAACGUUCCGGGGCUUCACUGCCGGCAAUAUGGGGGCCGGACCGUGAGUCCCAUCGUGCGCUGCUGAAGUAGGAUAGUGGUUGGGUUAUGUGUAUAGCGGGGGGUGGCGGUUUGGUUGUUGGUUCGCCUGUCCGAAACCCAGGAUUUGAAUUUGAGUAGACUUCUGGAGGGAAACAAUAGCAGCAAGGACAGAGAAAGGAUAGUGAUGCUUCGGUUCAGGCUUGCAACUUUGCAUGCUGCUCUUUUGGGGGUUACGAUAGGUAGUGCAUGCUGAUUGGUGUAAUGAGUACUGCUGGGGUUAUGCAUGCUAACAGGCUUAGAUGCGUUCCAGCAGAUUCCGAUUCGUGUUGCUCUAGGUUUAUUACAACGUUGCUGCUCUAGGAUGUGGGCGACGUUGGGCUGUGGUGGUCAUCGACCACGAGUUACAGAGUGGGUUUGCUGAUGUGGUGUAUGGUGGGGGCGCUGCGCUCCUGUGCAGGAUUGAUGGCAGACGCGCGCAAAUGCGGGGCUGUCAGGUUGCGGCAAUGUCCCUUUUGUACGAUGGAUUUGUUGGCGAGGGUGAAGAUUCUGCUAGAAGUGUUGUUGACCCGACACCUUCCGCCUUUCAUGGGAAAGUGGAUUUGGAGUUUGGAGUUUAAACUCGAAAGGCUGUCGAUUGGAUUUGAAGUGCCUGCGCGAGUUGCGUUGUUGCCGUAGAUUCCUAUGAUGCUGCACUGCGGUAGAUAAGAAGGUAGCUCGCCGCCGUACAGGCACGGCGUAAUGUAUGAACAGUGAUGCAUCGCCGCAACGCGUCGAAUUAGGAAUGCACCUUUUGGGUUGGCCGUAGCGCAUACCGUAAUAGUUGUCCGAUUUCCAUUGUCCAGUAAGCCGUAACUUGUGGUGGCAUCUGGUGUGAAGGGCGUGCUCUUCAGGCUACUCGUUCCGAGAAUCCCAUUGGCUGGUGGUGGUUCGCGGCCUUUAGGGUGGAAAUGUUGGGAUUCCAACUAACGAGUCGGGGGGGUUUUGGAGGAGGUCCUCGUGCAGUCCUCCAUGCUAGGGGAGGAAAUUGACGGAGAGGUGUUGUACGGUGCAUGGGUGUCGUAUGCGACCGUACAUGGUUGUCCUUUGUAACGCUAGGGUGGUUUCGUAAGUACGCAGCGGGCAGAGCUAUGGUGCUUUCAGUCGAAAGGAUUUAGUGGCGACGUCGUGUUUAGGGGCAGGUAGCCGUGGAAGCUUGCAUGGAAGCAGGUCCUCUCGGUUUGUGGGUCACUUCCUGAAGAUGGCAAUGAAGAAGAGUAGGC